CUGUUUUCUUUCAAUUAGUCCUUUGGCAAUGUUUGUGUAUUGUGUUUGUUCCUUGUGUCAAAAUAUCAAUGCUUGGCAUACUAUUUGAUACCAUCAGUGCGCGAAGUUUGUUUAACAUCCUUCCUUUGCCAGAUGGAUGUAGGUUGAUCUUCAGCUUUCUUGAUGAUGAGGCUAUGAGAAUGUGAUAACCUGCUGUAUAAAGCAGGAUGAGUGAUUGUAGGCAACCAUAUGAAGCACCCGAGGAGGAGAGGGCGGCGAUAGUUGCAAAAUAUGAACUAGGUCGCAAUGAUAAUUUUCAUAUAUAUCCUUGGGAAGAUCCUGGAUUUGAAGUUUAUCAUGUUACUGACAGAUAUGGAUUUUUGCAUGAUCAUCGUCUCCCCGAGAAGCUUACAGCUCAUGAAACGAAGGUACGUGAGCUGGAAAGUGAAAGACUGAACAAGUGGCUUAAAAUGUUGAAGAACUGGGACAAAUACUGUGGUGGAGAAAAACUGAGGAGGCGUAUAUAUAAAGGUAUUCCCAAUGCUAUACGUGGUGAGGUGUGGUGUAGAGUAUUGGAAGUUACGCAGAUUAAACAAGAACAAGAAGGAAAGUACAGGGAAAUGCGGGAAAAAGCAAAAUUAUUUUCUCCUGAUAUUAGGCAGAUAGAUUUAGAUGUAAACCGUACAUAUCGGAAUCAUAUAAUGUUCCGAGAAAGAUACAGUGUUAAGCAGCAAGCCCUUUUCAAUGUGCUAGCAGCAUAUUCAGUUUAUAAUAUGGAAAUUGGAUAUUGUCAGGGGAUGAGUCAAAUUGCUGCACUUUUGUUAAUGUAUAUGAAUGAAGAGGAAUCCUUUUGGGCAUUAUCUCGUCUAAUGAGUGAUGAGAAACAUGCUAUGCAUGGCUUCUUCAUACCUGGUUUUCCAAAACUUCAGCGGUUUCAAGAACAUCAUGACAAAAUCCUCACCCGUUUAUUGCCCAAGUUAAAAAAGCAUUUAGAUAAGUAUGAAAUACACACUAGCCUUUACACUCUGAAAUGGUUUUUCCAGUGCUUUUUAGACAGGGUACCAUUUACGUUGACUCUACGUCUUUGGGAUAUAUACAUGUAUGAAGGAGAAGUUGUACUGACUGCAAUGUCAUAUACUCUUUUAAAACUUCAUCGAAAAACACUGUUAAAAAUGAACAUGGAAGAAUUAGUUGAAUUUCUUCAGGUGAAGCUUGAACAAGAUUUUGGGUAUCAUGAUGAUGCAGCUGUUGAUGCCUUGCAGGCCUCUAUGGAGGAAUUACAUAAACAUAAACUAGAUCAUCCUGGCAGAGCACCCGCUCAUGAACUUCCUCAGAAGCCAUUUGGUUUAAUUGAAUCUUUCAUGCUUAAAGAAGAUAAGGUUGACAUAGAAACCAAAUGUCAGCCAAUGGAGACAAAACAAAAUGGAAUCAACAACCAUAUUCUUCCGAAGCAAGAUAUUCCUGUAUAUGAAAUAAACGACUCGGAGAUGACCAAUGGGGCACAUUCACCAGUUUGGAAGAGAAGAGAGGAAGUUGAGUCAGAUGGUUUUGAUCAGACAGAAAAUAUAAAUAAUUUACGUUUUGGAAAGGGUUCAGAUAAUACUGAAAAUGACAAUGAGAGCUCAAUUGUUGAUCCACUUAGUUCUAGAAAUUCUUUAGCUGAGACAUCUCAAACUUCUGUUGCAGAUUUAUCUGCACUUUCUGGAUUUUCAAGCCCGAGUACAACAUUAACUAGGCACAAAGAAUGCCAUGAUGAUAGUAUCUCUCCUCAAAGCCCAGCAGCUCGCCCAGCUGAACUGAGACGCACUCUGUCCAUGUAUGAUAAUGUUGAUUCAAAGAUUUCAACAAAUGUUGUCACUAGACAAUCGCCACCUGCCUCAAGAACACAUUCACCUGAUGCUGUUAGAGUUUUUGUGCCAUAUGAAUAUUCACCUACUUCAAAAGCCCCUUCAUCAUCUACAUUGUUACAAGAUCGCUCACCCACUCACUGCCCCUCUAUAACUCCACCAAAUGAUGACAUUACUCCUACUAAUCAGGAUCCUAAUAAAAUUACUAUUCAAGUAAACUUAGAUUAUAAUUCAAAGGGAAUGCCAAAUGGAAGUGUUGAAUAUUAAAAUUUUGUAUAGUAAGUGCGAGAACUAGUUUUUUUACUGUCCAAAAGAGUUUAUAUAAUAAAUACCUUCCAACACACAUGAUAAUCGCUUAUAGGAAAAUUGUGUGCUUUAGUACCUGCUCUUAAUGGGAACUUGCAGCCCAAAAUAUCAAAUUUUUAAAAUCAGAAAUAAAAUUUGUAGAAACAUUUUCAUGGACUCAAACCUGAGGUCGCCUUAACAAUUUUAAGACCGUGUAGUUUCUUGUUUAAUACUGAGAGAUGCCAUUUGAUAAAAAUAAGAGCAUAUGUAUAAAUAUGUAUAUUAAGCGAUGAUAAAAUACUUGUCGCACAAGAUAAUGUUCUUGGUUUAUUUAUACAUAUUUUAAUUUGUUGGCAUUUCUUUUCUGUAAUAAUUUAUAUUUUAUCAUAUUUACUCUGUUAUUUAUAUGAGAAAAAUCAUUUCAUUCCAUGUAAUUUCAUUACAUAAAUUUUUAUUAAUAUUUUUUAAUUCAGUACACUGCCACAUUUACCAAUCCAUUUACUUACUGAUAUGAUUAUUGAUUAUGUGUGUGCUGAAAGUUUUUUAUAAAAACUUUUGGGCUGCCUGCUGAUACACAAGGCAAUAUAUGGGUACUUAAAAUGUCUAAAUGUUAGAAUGCUUAAAUAUAGAAUUAUUAAAUAACAGAUGAGAUUGUUAUAGUUUAUAGUUCUGUUUAGGCAUUUUUUUUACAGUAGGAAAGGAAAAAUGAUGAAUUGUCAUUUUGGCUCAAGAAAUCAAAUUUAUUCAACCUGUAACUUGUAUUAUUUUAGUAUUUAAUAUGUAAAUACUCUUGGUGUUUUGUAUAAAAAUGUGUUGUAAUUAAUUAUAUAAUUAUUUUAUAAGUGUAUAUUAUUACUUAAUGCAUUUUGCAAUAUGAUCGUUAUGAAUCAUCAGCUCAGCAUAACAGAUAAUGUUUUCUUGAUUUUUAAUAUUGACAUGGCUUUGAAUAUGCAUUGUGUUAAGGACUGAAAUUUUUAUUAUUGCUGAAUAAAAUCAAUCUCGAUUGUAUUUUAAAGUAAUUUAAAGUAAAAAAUGUAUUUCUUACAAAUUGGUCCAAAAAAUUAGCCAACUUAAUAUCUAUUAAUAUCUAUUAAAUUUUGUUACAUGUUUUAAAGAAAAUGUAAUACUUAUCUCUGGCUCUCUCUUCUUUAAAAUGUUAAGAAUGAAUUUGAAUGAAGAGUAAAAAUUUAAACAAUAAACAUGAAAUUUAUGUGAAGAGAUGCAAACAAGUUUAAUUUAAAUUACCAAUGAAAAAAUUAUGAAAAUACAAGAAUUAUUAAUCAUGGUACUUCAGAUUUUUUAAAUAAUCCCUAAUCUUGGUAUUUUUGAAUUUUAAGCAACAUUUAUCUGCUUUAUAUGUAUCACUUGUCAAUUAAAAAGAAUCAGUAUUUAUUAUUUUAAAAUUACUGUAUGUUCCUCGUACAUACCGUACCGUAUUACACACACUUUUAAUUUAAAAAAAAAAAAGAUCGAAGUUUCCAGGUGCACAUUAUAUACUGGAUUUAAAAGUGAUAGAUAUAAAAAAAAGGAAAAGAUGAGUGCUCAAAAGUUAGAUUUCUGCAUUAACGCAAAUUCUCUUCAUGUAAAAAAAAAAUGACAUACCAUAUAAAUUUUAAAAUUUUCAUUAUCAGGUAAUGCUUGUCAUAUUAGUUUUCUGCUAAAUCCUCAGGCGCAUUGUUGAAUUCUGUUUCAUCUUCAUCAUUGCUGCUACUCUGAUCCACCUUCCAUUCCAUCUCGCUUGUUAGAUACACAUUUUUUGUCUUUUGAAUUAUGCCAGGUUUGAUUUCAUUCCAAGCUUUUUUUAUUCACUCGCACACUAUUUCUAGACUGGCAUGACACAUUUGGCCUUUUUUUAUUAGUGUUUCUUUUUUCACCUUCUAACAAUUCACUAUUAUUUUAAAUUUUCUUUGAAUGGUUUACUGAUACAUGCAUCUAAAGGCAAGACCAAUGAUAUUAAUUGCCCUGGAAUAACUGCCAUGUCUGUACUACAUUCGUUCAGCAAUUUCCUCAUAUGAUUCAUAGAUGGGAUCUGAACAUGUCUCAAACUAAAAGAUUUUCCGAGUUCUUUAAAGCAACAGGACGUUUCAGCGAAACAUUCCGUAUCUUUAAUUUCAUGCCAUUUUCAUUCACCCCUCCUUUUCCAUAAACAUGAUUGAAAACUCAGUUUAGAAAAUUACAUUUCAGCAUCAUCUUUAAAAAUAAUAAAAAUUAAAAAUAAUAAUGAUAAAAAUAAUAAUUUUUAAAAAUAACCAUAAGGUUUAAUUUUGUUCCACCUGGCUAAGCAGGAAAGCACCUAUGAUAAGGUGAGAUUUUUCUUGCUUCCUCAUCCAUUGCUUUAUUUCCUGUCAUAUCAAACAUUGCUUGAGUUUCAUCCAUACUUCCAAUAUAUGAGAGUAAUUUUUUUUUUCCCCUUCAUUGUUAAAAACAUACUUCUGGAAAUUUAUCUGUUUGUUGUUCAAAUUUUUAAGAAGCCUUUGCAAAACUUUUGUUUUUUCUCAUAGAACUAAAUUAUUCCGUGCCAUAAAUAGAUUAACUCAAAAUGUUAGUUUUAAGUUCUGUAAUAAAAUUGUACAAUGUAACAAAUCUAAAUUUGAGCAGAAAAGAUGAAAUGUCAUUUUCUGUAAACCAGAUGUAUUUACGUUAAAAUAACAUGUCAAAUUAUAAUUAUUGGAGAAUUCAAACAACACGUUAUAUUUCUAAAUUUUGCUUCGAUUGUUUUGUAGUUAAACCAUCAAAACUAGUUAUGCAAAAUUUACAAAUACCAUGCUGAUUCUUGUUCGUCUUUUCCAAUAAUAACAUGUAUUUUAAUCAUAUUUUAAAUUACAGAUGUCUUGCUGCAUGGGUCAUUGAUAGGCAUUCAGUUACUUUUGAGAAGAAUUAAUUGUUAGAGACUAACAUUUCUCAAAAUUUUAUGUUUGUUUUCCUAUUUGUCAUGCUAAGAGGUGUGAAAAAGAAUUUAGUAGAAAAAUUGGAUGUAUUAAAGCAAUAAAUUUAUUGUAGUGUGUUAUUUAUUAACAUAAAACUGAAAACUAUAUUUCCAACUUGUAUGGUGGUAUUUAUGGAACCAUUACAAUAACGGUAAGAUACCUUUAGUUAUCCUUGUAAAAUAGUUUUUCUUAAGUAUAUAAAGUAAUCUUUAUGAAGUGAUGUUUAGUGAAUCAAUAUAUUGAUAUUUUGAAAGGUUUUUAAAGUUAAAAAUAUUGAAUUUGGUGGCGUUAAUAUAAUAUAGGGUUUUAAAUUGUUUUUAUUUGCUAAUAACCCCGAAAAUGAUAUUAAUUUAUUUUUCUUCCCCCCCCUUCUCUCUCUCUUUUUAAAACAAAGAAGAAAAGUAGUAGUACUGUUUACUAAUAAUCCAAACUGCCACAGGAACUUAAAUAAUGUGUAAGCCUAAAAUUUAUUCAGUAACUGUUAGAUUAAUUAUUGUAUUCAAAUAAAUAACUUACACACAUCUGCCUCCUGUAAUAAAUUUAGAAAAGUUUUAAAGAAAUCUCAGUUACUAAUGUCACUGAUAGUUCAUUAAACUGAGCUUGUAUAAUUAAUUAUAUGAAUAUAAAUCCAUAGAAGUUAAUACUAAAUUUGAUGGAAAAUUGUAGUUAAGAAACAAGUUUGUUCAGUCUGUGAUAUUUAGAUAAAGUGUAAUUUUUGAAAUAAAAGAAGAUAGAUAUAUAGUUGCAUGUUCUUGUUAUACAAGUUAUGAAUGAAAAUAUCCUAACCUUUGUUAUUGGUCGUGUAAGAUUAACUUGUGUAUUUAUUAGUUAUUAUAAUGGAAUACAAAUGCAUGAUUUCUGCAUAGCUAACAUGUGAGGCUAACAGAUGUAAGAAAUAUAAAUCUGCGAAGGAUAACCUUUUAAAUAGGAUGAGUAUGUGUAAUGGUUUAGGGCUGUCAGGCUUACAUUUGAUUACUGCACAUAUUGCAGAAACUGAUAUUUAACAGAUCAUUAUGGGCUUGUGGCUAUGAAUAAAAUCCUUUCCAUAAAGCUGAAUAAAUUUGUAUGCAUUUUAAUAUUUUUAAUUUUCUGCAUCUGGCUUAGACUCUUAACUUCCUAUGUGUGAAAUUUACUGAAACCUAGGCUAUUUUCAAAUUAAUUUUUCUAUAUUAUUGUAUAUUUUUAUUUAAAUUGUAUUACUCUUUUAUGUUAUACUAUAUAAAUUGAUGUCUAACUUAAUUUCCAUGUAGUUACAGUCUAAAUAAAACUUCAUGUGUUUGCAAUGUAUUAUGACAAAAUGCAUAGUCUGUAGAGUUCUGUGCUUAACCCCUUGAUAUACAAAUAAAAUAUGUAUCCAAAGAAUACCAGUUAAUUUGGACACUCACGUGCAAACUUAGAAUCAGAAAGUUUUAUUUUCAAAUUUACGUUGCUAUAUAACAAUAAUAAUAUACUGUGUGGCAUUCACCAAAGACAGUUCUUGAUGUCUAGACCUCAAGUCUACUGUGGCACAUGAAAUCAAUGACAUCUCCCGAAUGUCAUUGUAUGUCAAGGGGUUAAAGAGUAUUAAAGAAUCCUAUGUUUUUGUUAGUCUGGUGCACACUAAAUUUGCAAUUCAAGGACCACAUUAAAGCAUCUAAAAUUAUUAUGAUAAUAAUUCAUAUUAGCAAUUUGCAUUCUGUAUUGAUAGUUCAUGUAUGAUUUUGAUCAGCCCUGUGGAACAAGCCGAAAAAUCUUACAUAUAUCUGUAUGUGCAAUUGUGAGUGUGUGUAUGUACAUACCUAUAUGUGUGAGUGUGCUAUUAUUUUUAUAAACUAAUUCUCCAUAAAUUUAAGUAUAUGAUGUAUAUGAUGUAAAUUUUGUGUUAUUUAAUAUUACUAAUGUUCCAUUCUUUAUGUUAUUUAAUGUAAAAGUAUGUUAAGGAGUGCAUACAUUUUUUGACCAAUUGUAGUUAGACACAUGAAUCAGCUCUGCCUUUUAUGUGAUGCUUACAGUUUGUAUUAUAAAUCAAAGUAGAUUGGAAACAUUUUCAAUUUCAUUUUAUGAUCUAGUUUCUGUCUUCUGUUGUAAAACAGUUUCUUCAAAUAUUAAUCAGUAUUUUGACAAUGAUGUUAUAACUUAAGACUUUGCUGCAAUGCUUCCUUUUAUGCAGCAAAGAAAAGUAGACAAAAUGGGAGAAAUGUCACCUUUACUUGUAAAAUUUAUUUUGAAUGCCAUGUUUAAUUCAUAAUUAUAGACAUAAAUAACUCAAUAGUGUAACUUAAGAAAUCUUGCUUUAUGUUUCAGUGAUAAUUUCAGCCAUGUUAUGCAUUUAUUAUAAUGAUUGGGUGGAUUUAUUAUAAUAAAGUGGGUUUAUUAUAAUGAUAUAUAUGAUUUAUGACUAUGCUGAUCAUUGUAAUUUUUUUAAGCAAAGAGCUUAGGUACUGCUAGCCAAAAUGCUAAAUUUCAUUAAUUUUUUUUCAAAAGUUAUUUAUGUAAUAUUUAUUAUAUGUGUGAGGAAUGCUUCAAAAAUUUAGCUUCUUGUGAAGUUUGAUUAGCCAGAGGUUAGGGCACAUUUUUUGAGGGGGGAGGGCAUUAAUUUAUAUUUCAACUAGACCGUUUUUUUAAUCCAAACCAGUAUUGAAAAUGGGCUAUCAAAUUUGGCAAAUUUGAAAAUGAGUUAUUGAACUUAAUAGCCAUGAAGACAAUUUUUCCAGUGUUAAUAUGCAACACUUUAUCUUGAUGUUCUGCUUUUUAUGCAGUGCAUAUUUUUCUUUAACAUACAAAACUUUUUCAUGAUCAAAUAAAAAUUAUGAUUGUUUUGUAAUUUUCAUGCUAUGUUAGGGCAACUGAGAAUUCUUCCCACCCUCUCUAUUAUAAUUCACAGAUCUAAUUAUCCAGCACUUUGUUUCUCAAACUUUUUAAUCUUAUAAUCCACAUGCAUAAAAUUGUAAUUUAUUGUGACCCACAUGCAUAUAGUUGUGAUUUAUUGGGAUUCCUAACAUAAAGUUGCCCUGAGAAAGAAGAUUCCUUGGAGGGGGAAAAAAAAAUAACAGUGAAGUAAUAAUGAAUAAACAUAUAAUUAUUAAUACUUAAUUGGUACUUAUGGAUGUUCCUAAUUACAAUUAAAUUUGUGGAAAUAAUUAUCGAAUGAGCAAAAUGUUUGCAAUCCACCAAAAAUUGUCUCCUGACCCACAAUUUUGAGAAUUGAUUUUUAAGGCAUUUUAUGGCAUUUAUUGUGUGACUAGAAUUCCGUGACCGUACAUGUCUUAUGAAAUAAGUCUGUCCUCCAGGCCACAUCCAAAUUAUUACAUUAAUAAAUGUAGAUUAUAUAUGUGUUUACAUAUGUGCAUGUGUAUGCAUGUGCACACAAACAUUCACAGGGUGUUUGAAAAAUUUCAUAGUUAUAUUAACAGUCAUAUUAAGGCCCAUGAUUUGUCUAAAAAAUUGAUCCAAAUAAUCUAUGUUAAAACUAUGACAAAUUUGGUUGUGGGACACAUUUUAGCAAAAAUAUGUAAAAUAAGUCUUUAAGAAAACAUUUAGAUGUAAUAUUUAAAAUUGGCUUUGGGAAAAUAAUUAAACAAUUAUAUGGUUUAAAGAAAAACUCCCAAAAUAAAACAUCAGUUUAUAGAAGUUGUAUAAAAAUUUUAAUUUCAAUAGUUAAAAAAUUUUGAGAGUAUAUCUACAAAUGGGAUACUUUAAAGUACUGAAGCCAGUACUUAUCAAUUUAAUUAAUAAAAAAAUUUUAAAGUACUGAAGCCAGUACUUUAAAAUUUUUUUAAUGUAAAAGAACUUUUAAAAAUCUGCAUCAUAUAACUUUAGCAUGUAUAAAUAUCUGUUAUUAAAAAAAAUUUUUUUUUUGCUUCCCAAGGUUUUGUUUAAUGAAAUAUGGGUAAUUUUGAUUUUUUUGACUAAUCUUGUAAUGGGAAACACCCUUUUUCACUGACCUUUUCUUUUUGUGUAUGUGUAUUGUGUAAUAGGCCUGUAUAAGAAAUGCCAUUUUCAAGUGUUUCUACUAAAAGGUGUCUUGAUCAAAAUCAUCAGUGUAAAAGUCUGCCUUACUUGAUUCAUUUGUUAAAAUGGGACCAAGGGUUUCCAUCCAGUGGUUCAAGAGACACAGUAAAAUGUCUCAUGACACUGUGACUACCUUUUAAAAAAGCUUGCUCAUUAAAGUGACUAGUAUUUCUGUGAAUGUAAUUAAAAUAUAGUAUUAAAAGAUCAAUAAGGGUUUUAUUCACUAAGGCAAUUAUUUCCAUUUUCCACAUGUGAAAAUGUAUUUUUAGUUCUCAACAUAAUAUUUAUAAUUAUCUAUGCACAUGUUCCAUCAUAUUGUCAGUGCUCCAAUAUCCAGGUGUAUAAAUUUCUUUGGAUUGCUAUGUCAGUUACAUCUUGAACAUUGUUAUAAUCUAAAAAGCAUUUGCCUUCAAGAUGUUUUCUAGUGCACGAAACAGGUACUACUACUGUUAUUGUUAUAGUGUAUAUAAUACAUUUCCCGAAUGAGUUUCUCCACCUUCUGCACUGUUGCCUCUGUCUCAAUGUAAACAGGAUGCUUACUCUGUUUUUCAUUGCAAACUUUAGAUCAGCAUUGAGAAAAUUUCUCAGCUUACUUGUGCAUGGUUUUAUGCAACAUACAUUUCUUGCCAGCAACAGGAAACAAUGUCAUUUAUAUGAAGGGCAUUUAUAUGAAGUCCUUGCCUCUGCCCCCAAAAAGGAUAACAUCAUACUGUUCCUGUGUUUUACAAUUAUUGAGUUCUAUUGGUAUUUUCAAUCUGAACUAUGUAUGUGUAUCUGGUACCUAGUUGUUAAUGAAAUGAAUAUUAUGAACCAAGCUAGUUCUGCCAUACAUGUAUACACUAACAUACAUAUAAAGCACUCAUUGCUAUUUUCAAAUGUAUCAUGGCAGUUUGCGACUUAUUUAAUGGCUUUCGCUCAUAAAAAAAUGCCUCAAGUGUUUAAUAUAAUAAAAUUAAAAGGAAAUGUGAUCAAUUUAUUGUUAAGCUUAUUAAAAAAAUUAGUAAGUAAUGAGUUCUAAGUUUAAAAGAAUCCUUGUUGGAUUCUAAACUAUGUAAUUAUGCUCUAAUGAAGGGUUGAAAAGUUAAGAAGGAUAAGAAUUCUUAGUUUGAUCCUUGGUCAAAACUGUGUUGUUUAACUUCACAAAAUAUGGAAUUUCUGUCAUUUUUAAGUCUUUAAAUAAUGUGUAAAAUAGACAAUCUUUAGAUAAAAUGACAGUAAUGUAUAUUUUCAAAUAAAAUUCCAAAACAGUUUUAAUAUCAGAAAACUGCUUCCAAUUCUAGAAAAUUACUAUUUUUUAUAACUCUGAAUAUCUUUUUUUAAAUAUUUCUGUGUUUAGGGAGCUUACGAAAUGCUGCGAUUUUUAAGAAGACUAAUCAGGGAAUUCUAUCACAAAAAGGAAUCUCUGGAAAUCAUAGUAGAAAAACUAAAAGUGAAAAUUUGCAAAUUGUGAGGAGGAGGUAGAAUAAAACCUCGAAUUUCAUACUUUUCCAGAAAUUGUAUCUUCCAAUUAUAGCAAUAGUCAAGAAACAUGAUGGCAUUCAACUCUUAUUAAUGAUAAAUGUGUGUGUAUAUAUAUAUAUAAUGUGUGGUUACAUGAUUGUAUUUUUGAAGAUUUUUAUUACUUUCAGUUGAAUGGUUCAUCAUAAAAACUAGUUCCUAGAAUAAUUAUUUCUGUGUUAAAAACAAAGUUAAUCAUGAACCAUAUUAUAGACUAUCAUUACACCAGCAAAAUGCUAUUCCUUUCUCUUCCCUCUAACUGUGAUUUGAAUUUAUUUCUUUCAUUAUCACCUGUAUUACUGAAAAUGCAAUAGUUGUGUCCUUUUCUGGAAAUAAUUUUUUUUUUGGGGGGGGACCAAAAUGAUGCCAUUCAAAUUACUAGUUGUUAAACUUAUAUGAUUUGCACCAGUUUUUUCUUUUACAAUGUAAGGGUAUCAGAGGGAGUGGUAUUCUUCUUUGGAGCUUUCACAUAAAAUGUGAACUGUAACUUGCAUUUUGGAUACUUUGAAGUGCUGUAUUUUUCAUUUUGCUUCUCUGGUGCAUGUUAUUUUCACUCCAAAAAUUUUAAGGACUUUAGAACUUUAAACAGCAUUCACACUUGAUACUCAAUGAUUCUAGCAGAGCUAACCAGUGCAUGGAACAUGGAUCUAUCUAACCUUGGUCAUUCACACUUACUGGAAACGUCUGCUAGCAACAGCCAAUAAGCGAGCAGGAAAGCACAUGCGCUUUCAUUUAUUUACAUUUAGUAGCUGAUGAUGUUUCACCAUGGGAAGCAGCAUGCUACUGCUGCUGAUUUCAAAUAUUCUCUUUCGUGUUUGGUCGGUUCCAUGUGCCGACUUGCUCCGUUUUGCAUUAAAUUCAGGUGUUUCAAUUGAGUCUGUUGUGACAAAAAACUUUUUUUUUUUUCUAGCUCAUCGGCUGUGUCGGUUGCGUCAGAUGUGUCCCUUAGCUCUGAUACGUCUCAGUGUGAACGUCUUUUCAGAGUUGAUAACGUUGAUUCCGUUGAUUUAAUUUUCAGAGUAAUACUAAAUGAAUUUCUUCAACAAAAGUUCAUUUUGAUGAUGUUAAAUUCAUAAAAGUAUACUUCUAAAUAUAUGUUUGGUGUAUUAAUAUUUAAACAUAAUUUGACUGUUUUCAUCUUCAAAGUGCUUUUCUGCUGCCCUUCAUAGAGAAUUGCAAAAUCAAUUCAACUAUAGUAUGCAUCUUAAUCUAUGACGAAUACAGGUGUAUUUUAAGCACAUAUAACAAAAUGUUGAUACAGUGUGUUGACAGCCAUUUGUAUUUGUAAAAAAUUAAUUUCUUUAAAGGAUUAUGCAUCUUGUUGGUGAGUUGGGGCUGCCUAAAUUUUUACAUUUUAUGUUUACUUUUAUAUAAAUGCUAUAUAAACUUGUAAACUGUAUAGACAUUUUAAUGCUAAUACUUUGUGUGUUUCCAAGGAUUCUGUCUUCCUUGUAGCGUUAUUUGGAGCAAGAGAAGUUUAGGUAGUAUUUCAUAUAAGAAUUGUUAAUUUGCUGUACUUUCAUGUAAAAAUAGCAGUUUAUAAUGUUAAAAUAUUUUAUUAUUUCAAAGUACGUGAUAGGAGUUGAGAAUUUAAAUUUUACUUAUAUUUAUUACAGAUUUAAAGAGAUUAAAAAAUAGUGAUUAGUCAAAAAUAGUCUCGUAUCAUAAGGUAUUCCAUAAAGUUAUGAUACGAAACAAGUUCUUGGGGAGGGGGGAACUAACUUUUUUUGUAGAAUCAGGUUGAUAUGGAUCUGUGUGUCUGGUAUACUUAAAUGGGUAUAUUUUACUCUUCAUUGUUUUAAAUUUGAAUGAGACUUAUGGGUAUAUGAAUUGAUUUUUAUUUGACAGCACUAAUCAUUUCUGACCAUGGUUACAUCUCAUAUUCAAAUUUGUGUUCAUUAUGAUAAACCCUUACAUGUUUAGAGAAUGUUUUUAUAUGUUCAUUAAUUCUUUCUUCAUACAUAUUCCAGAAUUUCAUAUAAGAAAUACUAGUGCCCUACCUUAAGGAUAUUUUAAUAUUUUUAAUAAUACGUUAAAAUUUUAUAUAUUUUUUCAUGUUAAAGAAGAAAAUAUUGUCAUUUAUUAUAACAUCAUGUUGUUGGUAUUCCUUUGAAUUUUAUGAAAGUAAAAAUAACACAUAACUAAACAGUUCAGAUAGCUGAAUAAUUAAUAUCACAUAAUUAAGCAACUGUUUUAAACACUUAUUUUUUAUUAUUGUAUUUUAAAGCAGUCUUCGUUAUUAUUGUUGACUGUAUUAUUGAUUUAUAGUUUAUUUCCAAACUCUAGUUUUUCUUGUAAAAUUUAAUUCUAAAUAGGUUUGUUUAUAUUAAUGAAUUUCAUGUAUUAUGUGCAUUUUAUAUUUAGUAUUAAUUAUAAUCAUGUUUCUUAUAUAUUUUAUUAUUAAUUGCUGAUAUCUGUCAUGUUACUUAAAGAAAUUUUCUUCAGAAAUUUAGAAUUAUUUGUUAUGAGUUUAUGCCUUGGAAAUAUUCCUGCGAAACAUGCUAAAUUUUGCUGUGUAGUUUUCGUAAGAGUUUCAUUUUAGUAUUUUAAUGGUAAUUUAUAUAAAAAAAAAUUGAAUUGUAUGUUUGGACUUGGAGUGAAAUGAGGAAGUCUCUUCCGUAACUUAUUACAUGUUUGCAAAUUUGGUAUUUUAUUCCAUAAAAUAACAAACAUUGUUUAAAAGCUUAAGAAUCUUUUUCAUAAGCUGUAGAUUUAAAAAUAAAUAGUUAAGCAAGGUAUAAUGUAAUAAAUGCUAUUGUAAAAUGAGACUUACCCAGAAUGUUAAGAAUAGGAUUUAUCUCUUUUUAAAUGUAGUACUAAAUUUGUUCAUGAAAUGCUUUUUAAAAAAGUUGCAUUAAGAAUAUCAUAUUCAUCAUAUUUUCCCUUCAUAUUUUCUCCAAAGUGUGUUGUCGCAGAUGCGCCCAAAUUUUUGCGAAGAAGUUUGCUCUCGCCGAUGUGGAAGCUUAUCCCUUGGACUUCCGUUCUACUGAUUAUGACCCAAGAGCACUCGAUGCUGCAAACUUUGUUUGCAGUGAAUGUGUCGAUGACAUAAUGUUGCGCUUCCAUCGUUCUAUACCAAGUGCCGAGUUGCUGUUCGACAACCUGAUGAAAUUUAAAUAGCCAACACAUUAUUAAGCAAUAUGAUUAGAAUUUAAUUUAAUCAAUUGAUUUAAAAAUAUCAUUACAUAUGUAUAUAAAUUUUACAUAUAUAUGUAAUUUCUAAUGGUAGAUAUCAUAAAACUAACAAUGUAAGUAAAAUGGGAUGCUUAACUUCAAAAACACAGAAAUUGGGAAGUUUGAUUCGAUUGACAAAAAAUAGAAAAACGAACAGCAGUCAUUUUUAUCUCUUAGCACUUACAGAUUAUAAUGAUUUUUUUCAAAAAUAAAUCACAAAAUUAAAAUAAAAUCUUUGCAAAAUACAGAUAUGAGAUUUGAAAAUGUAAAUCUGCAUUCAAAAUGAUGCAGUUUUUGACACUUAUUUUGUACUCAUAGUGAUACUUAAGAGUGUUAGUGGAGAAUGACAUAAAAUAAUAUCUAAUUUUUUUUAAUGUUUUUUUACUUAUCUA